AUGGCCGACGACAAGGACGACGAACUCCAUCGACGCGUGGCGCAGCGCGUCGACCGCAUCAAGGUCGCGGUCGACGAGCUCACAAACGCGGUGCGGGUACUUUCAAGCGCCGACCACCCGCAGCGCCCUCCACGCUCGAUUGUGCCCGACCCCAUCGAUGAGCGCGGAGGCGCGUACAGUCGCAUCCUUGCCAACAACGACCGAGGCGUCAUCAAAGAGAUCGAGAGCCUUAGCUCGAUGGCGAUCCUCAUCGUGGGACUCAACGGCAUGGGGUGUGCGAUCGCCGAGACCUUUUGUCGCAGCGGCAUUGGCAAAAUCUACUUGGUUGAUGACGACCCGCGCCACGUGCAGCAGGACGAUUUGAGCCAGCUCUUUUAUCUGCCGCAGAACGUGGGCUACGAGCGCAUUGCUGAAGUCGAGACCAAUUUACGCUUGAUUAACGAGAACGUCGACAUUGAGGGUCUCCGCCUCGAUGCCAAGGACGCGGGCGAGUGGCACGUCUGGGGCAGUACCCAAUUGCGCCCGUCCACCCUCGCACUGCGUAUGGUCUUUCUGACCGUGACCGAUACAGCUAUCACGCGCAAC